GUACAUUGUGCCGCGGCAAGCCGAAUUGUUUUCUUCUUUAGCACUUCUCUAGUCCACGAUGUUGCGCAAAGGUACGCGGCGGCUGCUCAUGGAAGGAGAGCGCUCCUUCAUCCAUCCCGGCGAGUCGCCCAUCACGUCCACCGGCGGUCUGCCCUUCUACGGCAACCUCUACACCGGUCGAGUGGACUCACAGAACUACCUGCCGCCUCGUCAAGGUGGCUCUGGCUUGCUAGACAACAACAGCACCCUGUGGGACAACCCAGCGAUUCGGGAGAAGCUGCAGUCGUGUCCCUACUUCGCCCUGAGCGACCAGGUGAUGUACCACAACAUGGAUCCGGUGUACCUUGACCCCGGCUUAUUGUCCCCGGAGGAGCAUCAGCUACUUUUGUUGUUUAGUCGCGCCUACUACGAAAAGUGGAAGGAGAUCCACCGUCGUCCGCCCCAUCCGCUGCCCCAACUGCGCAUCAACUACGGCUCUACAAAGCUCCUGGACGACAUCCUCUUCAUGCUCGAUGUGCAGCCGGCGGUGGGUGAGAUCCUCAAGAAAGAGUACGCUGUGGAUGACGCCUCACUGAUUGGCAUGAACCCGAACUUGUGGAGCUCAGCCUACCUGGACCCCGCGAACAUGGACCAACUCUCCGGCCGCGUGCUCGAGUUCGCUGGGGUGCAGGAGCCGACGCGGCGCAAGUUUUUUCUCCUGCUCGAGCAGAUGCGCCGCAUCAAAGUGCACCGGCGCGACCUGCCCAGUGGAGAGGAGAAGGUGGAGAUUGUGCCGUUCCACUUUGGCGUGACACUAUUCGACUUGUGCAAGUAUUUGGGUCUCGGACCCUACAACGGGCAGCUGAAGGUGUACGACAUGGUGGAUAUGGCAGGGACGAUGCGAGCCGAGACGCUGAAGUCGGAGGACGUGUACUUUGACUUCUUGAUCGCCCUCUUUUUCCGGGCCGACAUCCGCAACGCUACACUGACCGACCUGGCAGACGCGCAGGACAACACGUGCCGCUACACCGUCACGGUAGAGCCGUUCACGGCGGACGACCGGCGGAAGGGGCGGUGGUUUUGA